AUGGAGUACGAGAAUGCACCUGGACCUGUUCGACUAUCUUCCUCUUACUGCCCUCAUCUAGACUCAGUGACACACGAAGGACCAAUGUGUGAUUUACUAUGGUCUGUUCCUCAUGAUCGAUGUGGGUUAUCUCCACGUGGUGCUGGUUACACAUUUGGACAGCACAACAAUGGACUCAGUCUCAUAUCAAGAGCACAUCAGCUUCUCAUGGAAGGUUUUAACUGGUGGCAGGAAAAGAAUGUGGUGACAGUGUUUAGUGCACCAAACUGUUUCUACCGGUGUGGAAAUUUUGUAAUGAUUCUACAGAUAAGAGGAACAUAUUUCAUCCAGUUUGAUCCAGCUCCUCGACAAGCCGAGAGAUCACUGAUCCUAAAACCUAUACAAUGA